AUGGAUAUAAUAAAGCGACCGCUGUUUGACCAGUUCCUGCGUCCCAACCCCAAUUUGAAGUCCAUUGUCAAGCACACAGCUCUUCCCUGUAACCGCACUACCAUGGACACGCUGGCCUUUCUAAUGCUGCAUUUGCUGCAUGCCUGGGAGUAUGCGUCAAAUCCGUUGACAGCAAAGUUGAGACUUGCAAAGAUCUAUGGACCUCUGUUGGUGAGUUUUGCUGAGCGACCAGUUGUACUGGAUCAGGAUCCGAGUGACUAUAAAACUGAAGAAGGGGGCAUUCUCGAAGUGGUGCUCGAAGAGUGCAACGGCCAGUUCUGGGAUAAUCUGAACUCAGAUUCAGACUAUGAGAAUGAGGCCUGGUUCUCCUACCUAUUCCCAAAACCAAAAACAGCUACGAGGGAAGAUGCUAAAACUGAGGAUAAGGCUAAAAGUGCAGCGCAUCAAGCACAAUUCCAUCAGAAAGUUCACUUCAAGGAGGCUCGCGGUGACGAACCCGGGCUUGUACAUAUCACGUCGGGGUCACCAAUUUAA